UUGUGUGUGUGUGUUUGCGAGAGAGAGAGAGAGAGAGAGAGAGAGAGAAGCAUGAAUUCCAGGAAGCAAAAGAGAGCAGCUCUGUAUCAACAACUUCGUUCUGCCACUAAUUCCACUUCUGUGACUACAACGUCAAUAGUCGUGGAUGCGACAAGAUAUAUAGAGGAGCUGAAGGAAAAAGUACAAAAACUAAAUCAAGAUAUUGCAACUCUACAAAAUUCAGAUGAACAAAGCUCGUCAUUACCAAUGCAGGUUACAGUGGAAACCCUAGAAAAGGGUUUCCUAAUUAAUGUAUAUUCAGAAAAGAAUUGCCCUGGUUUGCUUGUCUCCAUACUGGAAGCAUUUGAGAGGCUAGGCCUUGAAGUACUCGAUGCUAGGGUUUCAUGUUCUAAUAAUUAUCGUCUCGAAGCCGUUAGUGAGAAUUUUCGUUGCAGAAUGAAGGACAAGCUGAGAGCAUAGAUGCCCGGGUGGUUAAACAAGCAGUAGUGCAAGCUAUCAGGAAUUGGAGUGAAAGUAGUUAGCAAAAUUAAUUUGUUGGCUCGUCGUUCUCAUUUCAUCUUUUCCUUCUACCAACGUUAUGCAGCUUGUUUAGUUUGAAAACUUUUUAUCUAAUAAAGUAUAACUGCUUAUACUUGA